CUCCACACAGAGCACACGACCACCAUUUUCCGGCUUCACAUAUCAAUGACGGUUCGCUCAUGGUCUGCUCCAUGCGCUCUGGGGAGGACUCAACCGACUGUCUGCUAUGCUCAAGUAUCGAGCUAUAGCUAGGUCUCAUGGCUUGCAUCACCAUGGCCUAGCCAGACGCUUCCCUCUGCGCGGCACGCGACAGCUUCAGACGGCCACAGUCACCGAUGGCGACAUUGCCCGGCUCGCAGCGAAGCCUCUCCAUCCACUGACGCUUGUCGAUCUUUGCAAACAUGGCCGGCCGCCACUGUCGAAACAGGCGCUUUUCAACAGUGCGAACUUUACUCUUGAAAUCCUGCCAUCCCGCCUCGCGCAUCGUAUCCAAAGCCUACGAGCCCUGCCGUACAUCGUAGUCGCCAAUCCACACGUGAGCAAGAUCCACGACAACUAUGUGCACUCAAUGUCAACGUUAUUGCCGUACGCGGAGAGGAAGAUUGAGACAUUGCAGGAAGAGAUUGCUUUCACUGAAGCCAUGGCGGACUUGGUACAGACACAUGCCAAUACUAUUGCUGUCCUCGCUCGUGGGUUCCUCGAAGCACGGAAGUAUAUCAGCAAGGACGAGAUUACCAAAUUUCUCGAUGAGCACCUGCGGGCAAGAAUUGGAACACGUCUGAUCGCGGAACAACAUCUUGCUCUGCACUUCAGUAGCAAGCCCCACAAUGAUUUCUCCGACGGAGAUGAUCCCGAACAGUUCCGACAGAUUCAGAACUCCAGUUACAUUGGCGUCAUCGACACUGCACUUAAGCCGGCGGAUGUCAUUCGAAGUUGUGAGCACACGGUCGGAGAGAUAUGCGAGCUCAAGUAUGGCGUUCGACCUACUGUUCAGAUCAUUGGUAGCCCUGACACCACGAUCGCCCAUAUCCCAAUGCACCUCGAGUACAUCAUGACCGAGUUGUUGAAGAACAGCUUUCGUGCUACAAUCGAGGCCGGCAUGGAAAGAGAACCCAUCGAGAUCACUAUUGCCCCAGCGCCAGCCUCAGACGAACCACAAAGUCAGACGAAAAGCUCGAAGAGCAACAAGUUCGAUGGGACUGUCAGCAACGUGAGCCAAGGAAAUGUCGACCAUGCGUCCGGCGCGAAUAAGCCUGUGCGCUCGGUCUCGGAGAAUAUCCGCGCGAUCGGCGAACAGACACGGGGUGUAACGAUCCGCAUUCGAGAUCGAGGCGGCGGCAUCAGCCCGGAGAAUUAUGCGAAACUAUGGGAAUAUGGAUUUACGACUUUCAACGAGGAUGAGAUCAUGGACAAGGUGACGGGUGGCCAUAGCAGCGGCGGGUCUGGACUAGAUGCUUUGAGCAGCGGAGCAGUCGGCGGCAGCAGUCUUGCUGGUCUGGGAUAUGGGCUUCCUUUGGGUAGAGCAUACGCCGAAUAUUUCGGCGGCGGUAUUGCGGUGCAGAGCCUCUGGGGCUGGGGCACCGAUGUGUAUGUCACUCUCAGAGGUGUUGGGAAAAUCUCUUGAGAUCCGCGCCGUUAUGCAUUGAGACGAUGAUCUUCAACGAGAUAAUGUUUCAUGUGUUACAGUGCAUGGAAUCUUCACAUGUCCUUCCGCCACAUGGAUUUCACCAAUAUUAUUACUGUUACUUUCGGCAG